AUGUUUGCAUUUUUCACGGCUUAUGGCGUUGCUUAUUCUGGCUAUUAUUUGACCAACCUGGCACGUCACCUGAACCAUGUAUUCAGAGGUGCCGAUCCUGAGAGCACAGAACCAACGGAGGGAGCUCCUCUGGCUCCCUCUGCUCCUGAAGAAGAGGCCGAGGCCGAAGAGGAGCAAAAUGACCACAAGACUCCAGCUGUGGUCUCACCACAGCCUGAACUUUCCAAGACAGUCCCUCUAGAGAAAGAGCAUGAGCAGAUUGUUUCAUCAGAGGUGCCAUGCCAAACUCAGGAAGAGCUGUUCCCAGCCCAAGAGCAGGAAGAGCCCAGGCAGCAGGUGGAAGAGCCACAGAAGAAUGGCCAGAGCGUCAAGGCAGAGCCACAAGCAGAGCUGUCUGAAGCUGAGAGUGCCAUCCUGGCAGUGAAGAGGAGAAACAAGGACGACAUGAGAAGCAUCCAAGAGGAGAAGAAUCUCCCUCAGCAGAGGAGCGAUCAGCAAAACCAGAAUAUCAAUGGACAGCUACAGGCAGAGCUGCAGGAAAAUGAGCGUAGGAUCAAGGCAAGGGAGAAGAGGCUGGAUGAAGGAAUUAACAUCCUCAGAGAGGAAUUAUAUCUUGUCGCUCAGGAGCUAAAGGCUUUUGAAAAGCGAAUCUACACACGCUCUGUCAUGCAACCUGCUGCUGCAGUGGCCUUAUUUAGAGAAGCCUCCAGUCUCCAAUCCAAGAAGUGGAGCCUUAACACUUUGUUCGGCUCCAGUGCAGUCUCAGCUGUUCAGAAGCAGGAAAUUGAGAAGGAGUAUAUGGAGCUACUGGGGAGAAUGGUGAACAUGGAAAAUCCCAUGAAGAGAUACAUCCAACUGGAAAAUAUCGGCAGGGGGACUUUUGGAGAUGUUUAUAGAGCACUGGACAAUGCCACAGGAGAAGAGGUGGCCAUAAAGAAAAUAAAUCUCUACGGAGUGAGGAAGAAGGAACUAACUGUCAAUGAACUCAUGAUCAUGAAGAAGAAUAGGAAUCCCAACUUGGUCAACUAUUUAGACAGCUACCUUGUGGGUGAGCGUCUCUGGCUGGUGAUGGAGUAUAUGGAUGGAGGCACUCUGGGUGAUGUCAUCAGUGAGACUCGCAUGUCUGAAGAUGAGAUUGCAGUUGUCAGUCGGGAGUGCCUACAAGGCCUGGAUUUUCUUCACUCAAACCUCGUGAUCCACCGAGAUGUGAAGAGCUUCAACAUCCUUCUUAGAACUGAUGGCUCUGUCAAAUUGGCUGACUUUGGCCUCUCUGCUCAGCUCACCCCUGAGCAGAAUCUAAGGACCACAUUGGCUGGGACUACUUGGUGGAUGGCGCCAGAAGUUGUGAUGCAUAAACCAUAUGGCCCCAAAGCGGAUAUAUGGUCUUUUGGAAUCGUGGGCAUUGAAAUGGUGCAACAAGAAACUCCUUACUGGAAUGAACCUUCUGUCUUGGCUCGACGCCUGAUAGCAAGAGGAGGGACCCCACAGCUGCAGCAGCCUGAGCACCCCUCGGCUUUGCUGUAUGACUUCCUGCGCUGCUGCCUGCAGAGAGAUGAAGAGCAGCGCUGGUCUGCCAAGGAGCUCCUGCAGCAUGAAUUUAUAACAUCAGCCAAGGCUGCAUCCAGUCUGGUGCCACUCAUCAUUUCAGUGAAGAACUGGAAGGAAGAGAAUGCACUGUCACAAUCAUUUUAA